AUGAAUCACAGCCAUAAAGAAGCUGUGACGAAAAUCAGUGUGGUGAACCUUGAUAAACUUUUAGAUAACUUCUCAGAGAUAGAAAAGAAAAUAUCAGAAAUUAAAGAAGCAAAUAACCUACUAGUUCUUCAGCUGGAAAAAUGUAACAGGAUGUUAACAUUAAGCCAAUCAAACGAGGAAUCAGCAAAAGAAGAAUGUAGUACUCUACAGAAUGUGAUAAAAGGUCUAACACAAAUCAUUGAAAACCAGUGUAACGUGAAAGAUGAAAAUGAUAGACUGAAGGGUACCAUUCACAUCCUGGGAGAGAAAUUAAAGGCUUGUGAACAGGAAUAUAAAGAUCAGAUUGAGAAACUUAUGAUAGAAAUUAAAAACAAAGAGGAAGACUACAAAUUGGAAAUAACACAGUUGAACUGCAAUAUAAGAAAAAAAA